GAUAUCAUAUUGACUAAUCAACUGUUUUAGUUAUAGAGAGAGAAAGUGCGUUCUUAUAGCACAGCUUGACUGACUUGAGCACUUGCCGGCCUCAUCUCUCUCUCCUCUCGCCGUGAUUUUUAUACCAUAAGUAUGCAUUCAUUAUUCAUUACCAUAAGCGUGUUGAACAGUCAAAGCACUACCGCAUAUUGUUUCUAUUAAAAAAAGGCAAGUUUUAUAUUCUUCCAUUUUAGUUCCAACAACAACAGCUGGAGUUUCGCAGGAGCAGAUGAUACAGUUGGGGAGAUCCGAGGAGGUUGAUUGAGGUUUUGGGUUUAUGUGAAUAAGGUCUGAGGUUGUUUAUUUGGGUUGAAUUUUGUGGAAAGGUGGAGUCUUUUUUGGUUUUGGUUCUUGCAUGGACCACAGCUUGUGAAUUGAGCCUCUGGGUAUUUACUGUUCGUUGUGAACUAUGAUUCUUUUUGUGUUUUCUUGGAGUUUUAUGAUCUGAAAGUACUGAAUUGCUGUGUUCUUUAAUUGGGAUUUUGGUAUUCUGGCAUGAGUUGUGAUUGUUUGAUGUUUUGUUUCAAUGGAGCUUCUGAAAAUAGGAGUGAUUGAGAACCCUAUUCUUGUGGGGUUGUGUUGAUUUGUGGGUUUUGAUUGGAUUCAUAGUGAGUUUAGAAUGGGUUGCAUCUGUGGGAAAGCUUCCUCUUCUGCCAAAGAUAGGGCAGGGGGUGAAAAGAAGAGAGAAUCCAUCAAAGGAUCAUCGGAAUCGGUCACGAAACGGGCUCUCUCUUCGAGGAGAGAAGAGAGCUUCAGGGUGAAAGAGAAGAAGGGAAAGGGUGAUGCAAGGAGUGGAUUGAUUGAUAAGAAGGCUAAUGGGUCUAGAAGAGUGAGGGAUGAUAACUUUGAGUUGAUCAAUAAGAGUUCUGAAGUUAUUUUCACAUGUAGUCCUGGAUGUGGAAAUGUUUCCAAGGCUACAGAAGCGGAAUUAGUUGCUGCAGGCUGGCCCGCUUGGUUUGCUGCGGUUGCUGGUGAGGCUAUACUCGGAUGGGUUCCUCGUAAAGCUGAUACUUUCGAGAAAUUGGAUAAGAUUGGCCAAGGAACUUAUAGCAGUGUGUACAAAGCUCGUGACCUGAUACACAAUAAAGUUGUAGCGUUGAAAAGAGUUAGGUUCGAUAGUGCUGAUCCCGAAAGUGUCAAGUUUAUGGCAAGGGAGAUCCUCAUUUUACGAAGACUUGAUCACCCGAAUAUAAUAAAAUUGGAAGGCUUGGUCACCUCAAGAUCAUCGUCCAGCUUGUAUCUUGUUUUCGAGUAUAUGGAACAUGACCUCACUGGAUUGGCAUCCCUUCCCGGUGCCAAGUUUACCGAACCUCAGGUCAAAUGUUACAUGCAACAGCUAUUGAGUGGACUUGAUCAUUGCCACAGUCACGGUGUUCUACAUCGGGAUAUAAAGGGUUCAAAUCUUCUAAUCGACAAUCAGGGAAUCUUAAAAAUUGCGGAUUUUGGGUUAGCAACAUUUUAUGAUCCGAAGCAAAGUGUUCCACUAACAAGCCGUGUUGUGACUCUGUGGUAUCGACCGCCAGAACUUUUGCUCGGAGCAACCCACUAUGGAGUCGGAAUAGACUUGUGGAGUACUGGUUGCAUACUCGGAGAACUAUACGCGGGCAAGCCAAUCAUGCCCGGUAGAACUGAGGUAGAACAAUUGCAUAAAAUUUUUAAGCUUUGUGGUUCGCCAUCUGAAGAUUAUUGGAAGAACGCAAAACUACCUCAUUCGACAGUGUUCAGGCCAAUACAGCCUUAUAGGCGGCGUAUUCUCGAGUCGUUUAAGGAUCUUCCCGCUGUUGCUGUGGAGCUCAUGGAUUCUUUACUUUCUAUAGAUCCUGAACAUCGAGGAACUGCAAGUUUUGCUCUAAAGAGUGAUUUCUUCACAACAAAGCCAUUUGCUUGCGAUCCUUCCAGUUUACCAAAAUACCCUCCCAGCAAGGAGAUUGAUGCAAAAUUGCGCGAAGAGGAACAUAGAAGGCAAGGAGUUGGAGCUAAGGACCAGCCGAAAGAACCUCGAGGAGCUCCAGGACCUGAUGCAAAUGCCGAGAUAGCUAGGUCUUUGCAGAGGAGGAAGGAAAAUUCUAAGACCCGAAGCGAGCAGUUCAUGAACCCACAUAAAACUGCCGCUGGGUUUCCUAUUGAUCCACCGAGACCAUCACGAGCUAUAAACGAACCGAUCAAGAAUCACUCGGAUCAUUUUCCGCCAAUAAUUUCUCAUUCGGGGCCUUUAGCUCCAGGAAUCGAUUGGUCAAAAUCUGCAAAGCGAUAUGACGAUAUCUCCAUUGGCUCUAGCAGGGCCGACCUGUCAAUAUUGUCCAGGCCCGUUUUUCCUGGAGACUCGCAAGAUAGAUUUGCUGCUUCUCAGCUCGAUUCCUCAAACCAAAUGGAAAUGCCUGUGGAGUUGCUUGAAGCGGCUGUGAGGAGACAGGACCCAAGGCAUUAUGUGCAGAAGUUCGGUGCUUCUCGUCACGGUGGAAAUGGAAGGUCCAAAGCCAAAGAAGCCGAUCAGCAGGGCCAUGACUCGAACGGGAACAACAUUCAUUUUUCGGGUCCAUUACUUGUUCCGUCGAGCAAAGUGGAUCAGUUGCUGAAGGACCAUGAUCGUCGUAUCCAGGAAGCUGCGAGGCGUUCAAGGAUCGAGAAGGCAAGACUCGAUAGAGCCCGGGCUCAAGAAAUGCAAAGAAAAGCAAAUUCUAUAUACAACUCGAGUGUGGGAGCAAGGUAGAUUAGCAAAGAUAUAUACAUAGCUCAAGGAGAGACAGGGAGAGAGAGAGAGAGAGAGAGAGAGAGAGAGAGAGUUCUGUAAAAAUUAGUCUUAUGUAUAGUUGUUGGGUAAGGGGUGACUCAUCAAAUUGUCAAUCUCUUCAUCUUCUUCCUCUUUGCAACUAUAAGAGGAAAUAUAAAUCAAUAUUUUGAUAUGAACACAACACUAGAGGCAUGUUUAAAUA